GCAAUGAUGCACUGUGGGAUUGCAGAAUAUUGACAUAGCAACCAGGCGACAGAGCCAACCAGUUUUUUUCACUCCGGAUUACUUUUCUGUUGUCGGCUCUGCGCUAAAAUUACUUCGCUUUACUUUCUUCUGCUGUCAUGAAUGCGGCAGUGGUCAAAAAGACCCAGGACACGCUGGGCAAAGUGAUAAAGAAACCGCCUCUCACGGAGAAACUGCUUAGCAAGCCCCCGUUUCGAUACCUCCACGACAUCUUCAGUGAGGUCAUCAGGACCACUGGGUUUAUGAAAGGGCUAUAUGGAGAGAAUGAAAUGAAGUCAGAUAAUGUUAAGGAUAAGGAUUCUAAGAUAGCCUUCCUCCAGAAAGCCAUAGAUGUCGUGAUGCUGGUGAGUGGUGAGCCCCUGGCAGCAAAGCCAGCACGCAUUGUGGCUGGCCAUGAGCCUGAGAAAACCAAUGAGCUCCUGCAGGUCAUCGCCAAGUGCUGCCUCAACAAGAUGCCCAGUGAUGAUGCAGUGAAGCGAGUACUUGCAGGAGAAAAGGUGGACAUGAAGACCAAGGCCAGCACCUCCAGGUCCCAGGACAAGGAGAAUAGAGGACGUGAGCGUCACCUGGAUAGAGAGGAGAAGAAGAAAAUUACAGAGCGCAGCGGGAGCCGGGACCAGAAGGACCCAGACCAGCCCAAAGAGCAGGAGAGUCGCCAUAGAGAUGGGGAGAAAGAGCACCACCGGGACAGGGAACGCUCUGACAAGCACCACCGCAGUGAACAGGACCGUGGCAAAGACCGCGACAAAGACAAGAGCCGAGACCGGGAGCGAGACAAGGAUAGAGAUAAAGGACGAGUUAAAGACAGGGACAAGGAGAAGGACAGAGAGAGAGAUAGAGAAAGGGAAAAAGACAAAGAGAAGGAUAAAGACCGGGAAAAGACAAGAGAGAGAGAUUCGCACAGAGACCGGGAAAGAGACAAGGACAAACGAAGAGACAGAGACAAAGAGCGGGAGAAGGAGAGAGAGCGACACAAAGAGGGGGAAGAGAGGAACAAAACUGUAGAGAAUGGCAAUAGCAAGGCCAGAGUAUCAGAGGAACCACAGCAAACCUCCAGCCCUGACGAGCCCAGCAAAACAGCCAAACCUGUGCCAGCUCCUGCAGAAGCAGUUGAAAACCAGACUGACAGUCCAGCUAGAAUACCUCGGCCUUCAUCUGCCAAAGGGCAGAGGCGGAGACCUAAAAUUGGAGGUCAAGAUGAAUCUGACAGUGAGGGAGAUGGAGAUGCUCAGUCAGCCCAGAAACCUGUCCCUCAGGAAAAUGGAGACGCUGCAGGCUCCUCAGGUCCAUCUGACGUGGCUUCCAGCAACAGACGAUUUGCCCGACCCAGCAGUGCUCGCCCAGCGCCUCCUCGAGUCAAGAGGCAGGAGAGUUACACUGAUGUGAACUCAGAGAGACUGUCAAGUGCCAAGCCCUCAGCACCUGUCAUCAUGGAUGGGAAGAAGCUGUCUGAGGAUGAGGAGGAUGAAGAUGAGCAGUUCCUUGUGGAGGAGGCUGUCCCUCCACCCCCAGAUGCUCCUGAGAUGGAGGUGGAUCCUGCACAGGGACUUGACAGUGAAGAGAAACACGGUGGCCUUGUGAAAAAGAUCCUUGAGACCAAGAAAGACUAUGAACUGUCGCCAUCCUCCCCCAAAUCUAAAGAGCAGAACUCGGUGUCUGAAGCGGCGCGGAAGAAAGAGCGGGACAUGGUCAGGAGGGAGAUUGAGCGGCUGCGUUCGUCCAUCCAGACGGUGUGCCGCAGCUCCCUGCCUCUGGGCAAGAUCAUGGACUACAUCCAGGAGGACAUGGACGCCAUGCAGGCUGAACUGCACACCUGGCGGCGGGAGAACAAGGAGCACGCACAGGCCUUGCUGCAGGAGCAGAGAGCGACAGACCGGGCAGUGGAGCCUCUUAAAGCAGAACUAGCUGAGCUGGAGCAGCUGAUCAAGGACCAGCAGGACAAGAUUUGUGCUGUAAGGUCCAACAUACUGAAGAACGAAGAGAAGAUCCAGAAGAUGGUGACAGGAAUCAACUUCUCCUCAAGAACCUGAAGUGAGAAACACGGUCCAGAGAAAAUCCUCUAAAAAAUGCACUGAAGACUUAGGUAUGAACAGUUUCUCCCUCAGAGUAAUGGUAAGACUGUUUUUCUUAGAGAUAAUGUGGGAAAAGGACCAAACACUGCACUUUUAGGUUUUCCUGUCAGAACAGGAGAUGGACCUAAAAAAACACAUAUUUCUACUCCACGGUGGGAAAUAAACACAAGGCAGAUGCUGGUAAAUAAAACCACCAUGCCAUGGUUUAGAGCUCUGACUUCAACAUAACUGUGUGAUAAAAUGCAAAAAGAAGACGGUAGAGUUGGAGAAAUAACUCCAUAAAUAAUUCAAAUUGAUCUUCCUGCUCUGCACACUAACCUAACCCCAUCCUCUGCCCCUGUUCUGUAACGGUGCCUUUGUGGAAUGAGCCACUGCACAGCUCAUUAUAGUCAGACUAGAUAGUUAUAUUUAAUGCUUGAUUUUGCCACACGCUCAGCUGUCAUUAGACCAAACUGUACUCUUUUAAUUACUCAGUGUGGCACACAUCACAUCAUUUUUCCAAGUCCUGAGGACCUGGAUCUUUGUCACACAGGACUCAGUUUUCUUGGAGUAAUGAGCAGACGUGUGUUCUGCUUCAUUUGCCGUUUUCCAUGGUGAUUAUUGCGUCUGCUGUAGUGCUAUUGGACUAGCUAUACAACAAUAAUUAAACCUUCUCGUUGCACAUUCAGACGGUUGAAACAGGAGGAAAGUUCUAAUAAAUUUUCUCUCUCUUUCCUGGAGAAAUCUAGGAUGAAUGUGGAGGGUCGUGUGUGACCCAGUUGACUGAUUCAGUUGUUACAGGAUUGUGGAGCCCUGGUUUGAAUCUGUCCAGGGACCUUUUAUAACAGUCUUUUCUUUUUCUUCCAAACCUUGUCUUUCAAGCCUCUUCCCUCAAGCUCCCUCCCUAAAAAAGGAGGAUUUAGACUGUCUUCAGCAAGCGUUUUCUUUGCUUACAACAACCUUAUCCCCUCUUUUAAAAACAAUACUUACAGUUUACCUAAAUGUUCCUUCAUUCACUCUUCCAUUUUUGAAGCACCAUGGCACUUUGCUAAGAGAGAUUAAAGGAGGAGCCUUUGAAUUUCUUGGAAAACAUUUUUGGGCAGUGUUAAGAUUUCUUCUUCUCUCUCUUGUACCUUUCUUACAAAACCUAACAUUGCACAACAACAGUAAUCCAAUGUACUUUUAGGGACAAAAAAACCCAGAGAAACAGAUUGACUCUCCUCACAGUGAACGUGCAGGAUUGUGCAGGUCCCUCAAACUUUAUUUGUACUGUAGAAUUUGCCAAACUCAUCCUUUUUUUGGGGAUGGACACGAUGUUUGGUUAGAUGGCAACUUUUUGUGUGAACUUUCAUGUCUUUAUAAAUGAAAAAAGAUGAUAUUUUACCAUCUCCUUUUGUGGCUGAAGAAAUGUGCUGUACACAUGUAGCUAACAUGGAAAUAUGAAGCAAUACUAGGCUGAUAAUUGAUAACUGUUUUUCUCAAAGCUCCAAUAAUUGAAACAUCUCAUUGUUGUCCAUGUGUGAAUGAACACAAAUCCAAAUGUUUUCUUGCAUAGUGGCCUCUCUCACCCUGAAUGAACAUGCAGUUUCCAUAUUUAAGUAAUAAUACAACUGUCAUUUUACAUUGUUGUUAAUACUUGUACACAUGCAGUCGCUACCUCUGUUGGUUCUUCUGCAGAGUUGCCUCCCAGGGCACACACACUCUCAGUGUUUUUAGGAAACACUUGCUGUGACAUCAUGGUUGGAUUGAUCAAUAUAAUCUUUUUUUUUUCCCAUAACGCCGAGCGGUUGCAGUUUCAUUUUUCAGAAGGUGAUGUGAUGAUCGUACGUACUGUGCUGUGACUGCUCUCUCUCUGCAUAACGACCAAAAUGUUCAUUUUCUGCUCAGACUUGGGUUCCACUUCCAUUUCCUCAUCAGAUCGAUGGAUUAUUACCAGUAGAGCAGAUGACACACCAUCUGUGCUAAGAACAUGAAUUACUUCUGUGAUAUUACUAAUGUAUAUUUGAGGGAAAAACACAUUUAAAUGGAUACUAUGAACCCUAUUUAUGUUGGUGGUUAUAAGAAAACACUGCUGUCUUUAAACACUAACAGGGACAGUCUGGAAAUAUCCUCAUUAACACUCUUCAUUUGUGAGCUAUUGGCUAUAAGGACUCAGCAGUCUUAACGUAUCAUUUAGUCUGAUUUUACUACAUUUUAUAUCAGUAUUAUAUUUAAUCCACUAAAUAUAAAUUAGAACAUUAACCUAUAAAAAAAAUCCAAUUAAAAAAUCUUCAAAGCAAAACUCAUGGAAAAGUGAGAAAGGACCAUUUACACUGUACACUAUUUGUAUCAUAUUUUCAGUUUCUCUUUAAACUGUACAUUAUGUAUAUGUGGAGAUUGUAUCAUAGUUCAAAUAAUGAUUAUAAUUUUGUAGUGGAGUGAAAUAAAUGGUUAUAUUGCAAUA